AUGAAUCAAUUCGCUCUUCCAGCAAUCCCUUUCAACAGUUUUCAUCACAUGAGCUCAUUGAAUAAUGCUCUCAGUCAUCUUGAUGGCCCGUUACAUGGCCGAAGUGAUCCUCGUCCUGGCAAGACUGCUAAUAACAGGAUGGAUCCUGCCGAUAUCUCAAAGCACCAAUUCUGGCCUGAAGCGAUCGCUAUGGGUACAUUGAAUAGACGUGAAUUCAUUCAAAUUCUUGGCGCCGGUUGUGAGAAAGGAGUUAAUACGGAAGACCGAUUCAAGCUCGGGCGGUCAUACUUGGCUUUCGAUUUCCAGAAAGAACAAUUGGUGGUCCGUGCGGACAUGAAACUCCCUCGUGAACAGUUACCACCUGCUCUAGCUCCUCUGCAGGCCGAACUCUCGUUUGACGAUAUCACCUCUCACGGAAUAUACAUCACACAUGAGAAAGUAGGCGAGAUUUACCAUGUUGUAGUCACCGUCAGUUGCCGAAGACCUCCAAAGUUCUAUACCCCCUUUGAGCAGGGGAAGAGAUGGAAUGAAGCGAAGAUAAGCAAUAUCAAAAUGCCAGAGCAGCGUCGUGCUACAGCGAUGGAUUUCGCUAUCUCCAAUGGCGUGCCCGAGCGCGAUGCUGGACCCAUCAAAGCGAUUCCAGAAGGUCCUUGCGCGUUCCCCACAUUCUGGAACACUUAUCGUUGGACAUUCACGAUGGACAGGCGCAAAUUCGACCAGAUCAAUGCUUGCGCUUUAAAAAUUCGCUCUCUGGCAGAAAACGACCCCGAGCUGGAUCUCAUGGCGAAUAUGAGAGAGACGACCAAAUGGAGAGUCACUAAGUUGGAUGAUCAGACCUUUAGACAACUAUACGAACCGCCCGAUCUCUCAAACAUCCGGUUCUCCGCCCGAACUCUAAUCGAGGGACUGGUUGCGCAUGGGAUCAUACGGCCGGCCGACAUUCCAGCUCUGCUAUCCACUCUGGAAGAAGUAGCAGUCGUUCCAACGUUCCAGGAGAGGAUACUGGAAAGAAUGUAUAACCAGCAACACAGAAUCCGAAAUGUCCCAAUCGUUGUCCGAGGUAUCGCCAACUAUCUUCGAAAAGGGCCAGCUUCGUCUUUCUCUCAUUUAGUACUCAUCCGAACAGUAUUGGUCACUCCAACUCGACUACUUGUGGGACCUCCUCAACAGGAGCCCUCGAACAGUGUCACAAGAAGAUAUGCUGACCGCUUGCACGGGAUUAUACGGGUUCAAUUCACCGACGAAGAGGACCGAUUGUUCGUGGCCGAAGGGGUCAGGCAAGUUGAUAACAGAAGACCAGAUAUCGGACUCAUGGCUAGAGUUCGACGAGCUUUGCAGCACGGCCUCGUUGUUGGCGGUCAGACAUUCAUGCCCGUAGCUUCAUCCUCAUCCCAGCAGAAAGAUCAUGCAAUCUGGUUCAUCGACCAUUCUGUCAUCGAUGGCCUAGCAUUACGUAAAUGGAUGGGAAAUGUGUCCGACACGGUCGUUGCGAAGCAUUCGGCUCGUAUGGGUUUACCGUUCAGUACCAGUCGAAUAGUCGAUUUGAAGAUCACACUGGGUGCACAGCUGCCUGAUGUCGAGAGAAAUGGUCGAACCUUUACGGAUGGUGUGGCGGUAGCUGGCAUUGAUGUUCUUCGGCAGGCUGCAUAUGCAUUGGGUGAGAAGAAGGGUCUCAAUGCAAGUCCUUCGGCGAUUCAGUUCCGUCUGGGUGGAGCUAAGGGCGUCCUGGGACAUUGGCCACAACUCUGCCAACCUCAAGAAGUACGCCUACGAAAAUCUUUGAUCAAAUUCGAUAGCACUCUGUCCGAUCUUAACGUAGUGCGAAUCGCCAAACAUCAGGUCGCUUUCCUUAACAGACAAUUCAUCAAUAUCAUGUGUGCCAACGGUGUACCUACUAGUCUGAUGGUCGACAUAUUCAAUGAAGCUGUCGCACAUAUCAAAGGUCUAAGAGACAGGGUCCAAGGAAACAAGAUGACUAAAGAGGAUCGCUCAUUGAUUGGACUCUGCUCUGACUUUCCCCUCGGUCCACUCGUCAAAGCCGGUUUCAAUCAAAAUCCCCUUAUAUUAGAUGUGGCUUCCAUCAUUGAGUGUAGGGCUCUUCAGGAUCUCAAGUGGCGAGCACGAGUCAAGCUGCCUGGGGGUGUGUUUCUUAUAGGUAGUGCGGACGAGUCGGGAACUUUGAAAGAGGGGGAAGUAUACUGCCAGUUUCAGGAGGGUGAUGAUAGCCCUGCCAAGAUCGUUGUCGGCGAUGUAUUGGUCUGCAGAGCACCUGCUUGUGAUGUUCGCCGUGUUCGAGCCGUGGAUAAUCCUGCUUUGCGGCAUAUCAAGAAUGUAAUCGUUUUUAGCGUGCAAGGAGAGCGCGACCUUCCCAGCAUGCUGGGCGGAGGAGACCUGGACGGGGAUGAUUACACUUUGAUCUGGGAUCAGCGAUUUGUCAGGCCGCUAACAGUCUAUGAACCAAUGAGCUAUGAUGCUCCUGCCCCUAUAAAGGUAGCUAAAGUUACUCAAGAACAUCUAAACGAGAACUUUGUGUCCUAUAUUCUGAACGACAUUCUUGGUCAAGUCGAUAAUUGCCAUUUGGCCCUUUCUGACAAAUAUACCCCUUUUGAUAAAGCUUGUUUGGAACUAUCGGAGAUCCACUCGUGUGGACUUCGCCAAAAAGCACAAGCUGGUGUACCCGCAGCUUUGAACAUGGCCAUCAGGCCGAAGGAGUGGCCGGACUUUAUGGACAAGGAUGAUGUGAAAAAAACCUACAAGAGUGAAGGCGUGUUGGGCGAAUUGUUCCGAAUAGUCCAACCUGAUCCUCACUUCUCUCCCUGCGACAUCAGACAAUUGGGAUAUCCUACGGAAUAUCGUAUUAUCCAGUUUCCCAUCUACAAAAGCCUUUUAGACAGACUUAAGCCCGUGAAAGCUCACUAUGAGGAAAGUAUUCAGUAUGAUAUGCGUAGAUAUCGUGUCUUCGAACCGGAGAUCCCAUCCGGUAUUGCAAUUAAGAACAAACGUAGAAAAAGGGCUAGGGACCAGAACUUGAAUGAACCAUUGCGAGACUCUUAUCAAAUUAUCAUAACUGAAACCCGUCAAAUGGCGAUGGAGGCUAUCCGCAAUAUCGAAUUCCGCACCCGACUCACUCCCGCUCAAAUGGUUGCACGACAUUGCUACGCUCUAACCUUUGAGCAAGAGCAUGUUGAGGAUUGGGAAAGGCAAUUAUCCGUAGGCGAAUGGCAGGAUCAAAUAAGGGAAGAAGGGGAUGAAUAUUACGAAGAUGAAAUGAAGCCAAAGCCUCUAGUAAGUUUCGCUUGGGUGUUCUGGCAAGAGCUUGUUCAAUUGGCUGGUAUGGCAGAGGAAGUGAAAACGGAGCCUAUCUGA